AUAACAGGUUACAGCUGAAAAAUUUUUGUUUUGAAAACACCGAGUGCUGGUCCAUUUCAUAAAAAUGUUUAAAUUACGACCUGUAAUCAACAAUCUGAAUGAUAGCUUUAGAAGUAAGGCAUUCCCGGUUAGAUCGUUUUGGGAGUAUGUUAAUAUGAUGUUUAACAAACCGGAUCCAGAACGCAUAAAAACACUAGGACCUGAUAGAGCGUGUGCUGAAUGGGUCCUUCGCAACGGAGGCAAGAUUAUUUGGUCAGAUGGGAAGAAACUUGAAGACUAUAAUUCACUUCCUCCAGAAGAACAAUCUGUGCCAAAAAUAGUAACAAUAGAUGGUUCGGAUUCAUCCAUAUCUCAUUAUGGUUUUCCUCACUUAAGUGGUUGCACAAUGUUAGAGAAAAUUAUACUCCAUAAUAACAAAUAUAUAGAGGACAGAGCAAUGAAAGGACUUGCAUAUGGAGAUGCUACACUUAAACAUGCACAAGUUUCAGAAUGUGUAAAUGUAACAGAUGUAGGAUUGAAAGAUAUAAAAUGUUUAACAAAAUUAAACACCCUGGUCCUGUUUAAUUUGUCAAGCGUAAAUAACCUGGACGAAUGUAAACAGUAUCUUCAGUCUCAGCUGCCAAGUUGCAAAAUACUAGAUCGAGAAGAACAGGUUAAGUGUUGAACAUAAAUGAAGACAGCCUUAUAAUAUGUUAAAAUCAAGUUUGCUAUUGUAGUCAUGUUUAUUUAGAAAAUAUUUAUAUUAAUUAUAAUUUUCAAAAAU